GAUAGGAUGAUCAAAUAAAGGAAUUUUAUCCCUCAAAAGUAUUUAGUAAUUUGAAUGUAGUAUGAUUUCUCUAAGAUGGACCUAAGAAAACACAGUCAAAAGCCACACCAUAAUAAAGCUAGAGUUUUGGUGACUAGUUCAGUAGCCAUCCUCGUGACCUGCGAGACGCUGUGACGCCUUCUGGUAAAAAUUCCAAAACCCCAUCAAUGUCUGUUUGUUUUCUUCUUGCCACAGGUUCAAUCCAAUGACUUUGGUCCUCACUCACAUUCCAUAACCAAACAAAACAACAGUCUCUUUGCUGCCCUGCCCCUCAUACCGACUGGUAACCUAAUUACCUCUAGCUGAAUAAACCCUCGUCAACCAAAACAAGUCCUUCUUCUCUUAUGUAAACAUGAAUCUCUCCUUUUCAAAGCUCCCUAUCCUCCUCAGACCUUUCCUCCUUUCUCUCAUUCUCUCCGUAUUUUUUCUAGCGUUCUUAGCCACCCAAUCCCCUCACCACCGUCUGAAAACUUCCCUCAUCAAGAACACUAGAAAACCUCCUUCCAACAACAGUUCCGCCGGUGGCCUCCGUAUCCGACCAGGUUACUCUUCCUACAAUGCAUACAUCGAGCGCCAGCUCAACAAAACCUUGAACCCCAAACUCCGAAAGAUAUGGACGACUCGCGACUGGGACAGGAAAGUCCGCGUCUUCGUCCGUUUCUUCGAAAGCCUAAAGCAAAGAAACCUUCUUUUCAACGAUUCAAGGGCAUUGUCCAUCGGAGCUCGAGUUGGGCAAGAAGUGGCGGCAAUGAGGCUGGUGGGCGUGUCUGACUCGGUCGGCAUAGAUUUGGUGCCCUACCCUCCACUUGUAGUAAAAGGAGAUUUCCAUGCACAGCCAUUUGUGAACCGCACCUUUGACUUUGAGUUCUCUAACGUGUUCGAUCACGCGCUGUAUCCCUGGAAGUUCGUCGGGGAGAUCGAACGGACGUUGAAGCCAGGUGGGGUUUGUGUUCUGCACGUGGCGUUAUCCCGACGGGCUGAUAAGUACUCGGCCAAUGAUUUGUAUAGCGUGGAGCCAUUGGUGGAGCUGUUUAAGGAGUCGGAGCUGGUCGAGGUGAGGAAAGUUGAUGGCUUUGGGCUUGACACUGAGAAAACACUAGGCAGCAUACGUACGAAGUAAGUAUUUCCCUUAAGUAUAAAUCUGCAUUUGGGUGGCCAGAGAUGAGCAAAAGCCUGUGAUUCAUGAGUGAAUAUGUCCAACUAUCAGAAGGAGACAGGGUUUAUUCCUAAAGAAAACAACAAACAAGGUUGUUGAAUAUAAAAAUACUACUAGUCGAGCUUUUUUGAAGUCUCUUUCAGCUUAGCAAUAGCCGUUGGGGGGCGACUGAGGAAGUCAGCAAUAUGUUUUAUUGAGCAUGGUAGAUGUAAGUUGAUUGGGGUGAAGGACAAGUGUUGGGAUAAGAAUAAAAUAUACAGGGUUUAGCUGCGUUUGUA